AUGGGGAGAUCCCGGCGCCUGCUGCUGGUGGCGGGCCUGCUCGCGACGGUCGUCGCCGCCGUCGGGCCGCAGCCGGGGGCGCCGUGCGAGCCGACUCUGCUCGCGGCGCAGGUGGCGCUCUUCUGCGCGCCCGGCGUGCCCACCGCGCAGUGCUGCGACUCCGUCGACCUCGGCGUCCCCUGCCUCUGCCGCGUCGCCGCGGAGCCGCAGCUCGUCACGGCGGGCCUCAACGCCACCCACCUCCUCACGCUCUACAGCUCCUGCGGCGGCCUCCGCCCCGGCGGCGCCCACCUCGCCGCCGCCUGCGAAGGACCCGCUCCCCCGGCCGCCGUCGUCAGCAGCCUCCGGCCACCCGCGCCGGCCUCGCCUGCCCCACGACGCACGCAGACAGCGCACGACGCCCCACCGCCGCCGCAGUCGAGCGAGAAGCCGUCGUCCCCACCGCCGGCCCAGGAGCACGCCGGCGCCGCCCCCCAUGCCAAGGUCGCCCCCGCCCAGCCGUCUACUUCCCCGCUCGCGCCCGCUGCUGCCACUGCCCCGCCGCCCCUGCCACGGCACUCCGCCGCGGCGGCGUCCAAGGCGGCCUUCAUCUUCGUCGCCACAGCCAUGCGUAUGAACCUCCUCCCCCUAUCUCUACUCCAUUGGACCAACUCUCCCUGCUGCAGCCGUCAGCAGCCCCCCACCUCCCUCGCGCACCAAGCAGCCAGCAGCGCCAUCGCCGUCGCCGUCUAG